ACUUACUUGACAUCAGCUUACAAUUUCAGUUGUCCUGUUAUCAAUCUUCACUAUAAAAUUGUACAAUGCCCGGAAAUACGAUCAUUGGAGAAGGCCGACAGCUUGUGCUAAAUUUAUUAGAGUAUUUCCAGGAAGAGAAUGAAAACAGCGCUCUCCUGUUACCCACUUCAUGCUUACUGGAGUUAGGAAAAUUAAGAUCCGCCCAUGGUACGGAGACUCGACCUGUUUACCUAUUGCAUAUGGCGCUGAUGAUGUAACUACACGUAAUCGCAAGAUGGAGAAGCGGUAUAAAACAUAGACAGUAACAAUGGAGAAAUACGAACAAUUAUCAGUGAUAGGGGAAGGAUCCUAUGGAAUUGUAACAAAAAGUAGGCAUAAAGAUACCAAUGAAAUUGUGGCUAUUAAAAGGUUCCUGGAAACAGAAGAGGAUACUACAAUUAGAAAAAUGGCAUUACGUGAAAUUAGGAUGCUAAAAAGACUGAGACACGAAAAUUUAGUUACGCUAAUAGAAGUAUUCAGGCACCGAAAGAGAUUUUACCUGGUAUUCGAAUAUGUUGCUGGUACUCUACUGGAUGAGCUAGAAAGAUAUAACGGAGGCCUGGAGUGUGAAAUGUGUAGGGAAAGAAUAUUCCAGGUUACCCGGGCUAUCUCAUAUUGUCAUUACAAUAAUAUAGUUCAUCGAGACGUAAAGCCCGAAAACGUGCUGGUAUCAACUUUAGGUGUAGUGAAACUUUGUGAUUUCGGCUUCGCCCGUCUCGUAACGAAUCCGAACGAAGCCUGCACGGAGUACGUGGCUACCAGGUGGUACCGUGCACCGGAAUUGCUCGUGGGAGACCCACACUAUUCCAGUCCCGUUGACGUGUGGGCCAUCGGGUGCCUUUUCGCUGAGAUGAUGACUGGAGACCCGUUGUUUCCAGGAGAAAGCGACAUUGAUCAGCUUUACCUUAUCGUCAAGUUACUUGGCAGACCAUGUCUGCGCCAUCUACAGCUGGCUUCUAAAAACGCUCGAUUGAAAACCGCUCUAAGAAUACCAGAAACGAAUUCACCAGGCCUGCAAAAACAUUUUUCUUCUUGGACUCCACUAGCGUUAGAGUUUCUCAGUUGCUGUCUACGAAUGGACCCUACACACAGACUUUCUUGCACAGAUCUGCUGAAACAUCGGUACUUCACCCAUGACCGGUUUCCUCAGCGUUUUUUGCCAAGUUUACGAAACAAAGUUAACACGGAGCUCAGCAGUCCAUUGCUGAGAAAACUGAAGACAGAGAUACUAAUGUCGACAGAUAAGCGCGACGAAAGGAGGACUACCCUGACCAACUGGACCAUUUCCUUGAAAGAAGGAAGCAUGAAAAGGAAACUCAGUGGUGAUACAACAGCCAGUGAAGUUAUAUCGAAUGCCAGAUACAGCAUUUUUGACAAAAUCAGCAUGAAUCAAAAACGGGAAAACAAUCAGAACCGAGGGACGUUAGAUUCUUCCAUAAGCACCCCACAACCGAAAACGAAUCCAAAUGGCGCAGAAAUCCAGAUGUUAGAGAAAUCCUUACAGUCUCUUGUCCGUUUGAGCAACCCAAAACUCGAUCAGAAAGCACGACCUUCGACUGCCGAGAGGAACGCAACCACGCACAUCAUGCUGACUGAGUCGCCUCCACCGUUCCAGUCGUUGCAUUUUGGGAUCGGCAACUUCAGUAACAACAAAUCGUCUACGGGUGGCGGCCAGAAUGUCCUCCAUCCGGCAAUUAGCAAUAUCAGUUUCGGCAGGGAGGGGCAAAAGAGGUCACCUAUUAAUCUCGCAGGCUUAAAUGGGAAGUUAUCGCAAGCACCGCUUUUCGUUAACACCCGAAGCAACUUCCUGAAGAAGCUGGAUCGGAACCUGGUGGUGGAAAACAUCUACGCGACGGGCGACCACCACCAUGGCCAAUUGUGGGGAGGCGCGCCUGUGUGGUUGAGCGGCCUCGCCACUCCCGCUAACCCCAAGAAGAGAGAACAAAGGGACCCCAAAUCGAAGUCGGAAGAGUUCACGUUGCCAAAUCUACCUGGAGUGACAACCACUCCUGUAAAACCGAAAAAGAAGAGCCUACCUGAAAUAGAAUUACCACAUUCAACUGAGAUAUCUCCAGAGUACAGAUAUAAAAAGGCGAAGAGAAAGAAGAUUAUAGUUGAUAUCAGUCUACCUGUGUUAAAGAAUAAUACGCCAAGUGUCCCUUGAUCUAAGCAUUUACAAGGCAUUUAUUACCCUGUUAUUAUUUUAAUAAAAUACUUAUUUAUA